AUGAUUUUGGACCACGCCAAGCUUUUCUUGCUGGGUACUUUACCUGGGUACUUUACGUAUUUGUGGUCACAAAACGCCGACCGCUACGAUCCUAAGGUGGAGACCCUGGACACACAAUUUCAGUACAUCGCUGACAGACCUGAUGUUUAUUUUCCAUUUCAAUCUGGCGAUGAGACCUGGUGUAUUAAUACGACCCAGCACCCACAACAAUAUGGUGAUUUGUCAAUAGCCAAAAAGAGCACAGUUUCGCAGUUUAUGGGACCUAAUUUCAAAAGUAAAUUUGACACUGAUUACAAGCAAGAUAUAAUUGUUGAAAAAUGCAAUCUGACCAUUGACCAAGAUAUAUAUGUGUUUUUGGCACAAAAGCGUAUUGAUCUUACGGUUGAUACUAAUGAGAAGCAACGUUAUCAGGAUCAAUUGGAUGGUCUGACUAGAGGUCGUGAAUAUGUGGAUAAAGUAUUGUAUGAAUACGUGAAUAGUAUUCAACACUUAAUGCCAAACAUCGCGACCAAUGUUAUACUUAAUACAAACCGAGAGCUCUAUAACAGAGAGUGUUAUCGAAAAAUGGUCGACACUUUCAAUGAGAAGUGUUUUAAUUUGUCAAAAAAUACAUACGCUUUACAUAAAGUCCACGUAUUCAUCAAUAUAUGCGAGACAUUGAAUGGACGGACAGAUAAUUGGGAAAAGGCUGUCAAACAACUGGACAGUCAUUGCCCUCAACAUAUCGGCCGUCAAUUUGACCGCGAAUUUGAAUUGAAAUAAAAUAUUUAUAAUUUAUAUUAAUUUUAUUAUUAUAGAAAUUAAUAUUUCAUUU